AUGUUAAGAAAUCAAUAUGACCGUGAUGAUGAAGCUGAAAGACAUAAUGCUGCACAGAUGUAUGAAAGAGAUGAAAGAGAAAGACGCAAGAGAAGGAGAGAUGAGGCUGAAGAAAGAGAGAUACAAGAGGCCAUGCGUCAAAACAGGCAUGAUAACAGAAGACAGGCAAGGUUGAAAAGACCAAUGCAGCAAGAUGCGUACCAAAUCAUGAGAGAAGAAAAACUCAGAGAAUUAGAAGAAAUGAUAGAAAUGAUGACGGCGCGAAGAGAUGGUGGUAGGCGACAACUAGAUGAAGCACUAGAGGAAGCAGGGAAAACACCGUUUGAAGACAGUUACAACUCGCAGUUUUCAACAGAGAAACUGUGUAUUGAGGUUACUGUAGCUGGAAAGAUUGCUUACAUCUCUGAGGAGCUGUGUAUUGGAUGUGGUAUAUGUGUCAAGGUACUGCUAUUAGUUACCGUUGCAGUUGUUGGAUCUGGUGACAAUAAUGUAGUUAAUGGUCUAGAUUCUCAUCUGUUCGGCCGAAGAACCCCUCUUACGUGGGCUGUCAGAUACAAAAUAGCACUCGGGUUGGCCUCGGCACUGCUCUACCUUCAUGAAGAAGGAGAGCAAUGCGUAGUCCAUCGCGAUAUCAAAUCAAGCAACAUAAUGUUGGAUUCAUAUUUCAAUGCAAAGCUCGGUGAUUUUGGUCUAGCUCGUCUUAUGGAUCAUGAACUAGGUCUUCAAUCCACAGGUCUAGCUGGGACAUUAGGCUAUUUAGCACCAGAAUACAUAAGCUCGGGCAAAGCUAGUAAAGAAUCUGACGCCUUUAGCUUUGGGGUAGUGGCUUUAGAAAUAGCUUGUGGGAGAAAAUCAAUGGAUUAUAUGGAAGAGGUUGCUGAUGUUGGGUUAGUAGAAUGGGUCUGGGAUUUAUACGGGAGAGAUGCGGUGUUGGCUGCGAUAGACCAUAAACUGAACCUGGAGUUCGAUGCAAACCAAGCCGAAUGUUUGAUGGUUGUUGGGUUAUGGUGUGCACACCCUGAUCGAAGUUUCAGACCUUCAAUCAGACAAGCAAUUCAGGUACUUAACAUGGAAGCAAGUAUUCCAACUCUGCUUACAAAAAUGCCGGUUCCCUCAUAUCAUGUACCAGAACUGGAGAUUAUUUCAAGUGAACGAAAUUCUAUCACUGCUGCAAGCAUUGACAUAGGUCGCUAAACUCUGAAUUUCAGCUUGUUAACUGAAUUUGUCCUUGUUGUUGAUUGUGUUAGUGUUCAUUUGCUUUUUAUGGUUGUUGUAUUAUUGUUAUGCAUGAUACAGUAUAGAAUUUGUCCUUUGU